AUGGCUGAAUGUUCAACUCCCGAGCGAUACCUUAAUGGAGAACGCGAUCAAGUGGAACGUGAAGAGAAAUUUGACAUGUAUACCGAAGACUAUAGAGGCCAUCAACCUGUUGACUAUAGGAUAAUCAAAGGUCCACCACUUGAGUAUCUUACUGGUAUAUGUCCAUACCCACCGUCUAUCCCCAGUAUGGACGAGAUUCAAAUAAAAACAUGUUUGUUUUUGAUAAAACCGUUCAGAUAUUCUCCAAACCAACAUGGAAAGUAUCCACAAGCAAUCCGCAACGAACAUAAAUAUAUUGACAUUUGGGAUGAGCAUCAUGUUCGUAUGCCAUGUUCACCACGUAAUGUUGAUAAAAAUGGUCGAGAACGAUGGCCAAAUAUUGUCGUUGCCUUAUCGAAUCUUAAAAAGAAAUGUGAGCAGAAGUCCGCAAACUUUGAUGAUUUAAAGAAAACUAUUGAACUCUGCGCUGAUCGCACUUACAAUGUGGCUUGUCUUGAGUAUCUUUUCAAGGAGAUCUUUUCAGACGAACAACGUCUACACUUCAUAUCCGUUGUUCUACCCUCUAUUUGUUCAUUGGCAAUGAAAGUCGAUAUUAUCUGUAGUCAACCUCCACCUUUACUACGUGCAGGGUCGAAUGAAUCAAUUACCAUGUCUCAGGUUCAAGCUGCUUCAUUAUUGGCAUGCUCAUUUUUUUGUCUAUUUCCGUGCCGGUCUGGAUCGAGACUGAAAAAAGAAUAUAAAUAUUUUCAAGAUCCAAAUUUCAAUGCAUUGUAUCUGCGUGGAGGCAGAGAAAAAGUGGAAAAGAUCCGAUGUAUCGUACACUAUUUCGAACGUAUUCAAGUGAGAAAGCCAACCGGUGUGAUUACGUUUCGACGUUACUCAAUACCGAGUCAAUACGUACCAAAAUGGUCUGAAUCAAAUAAAAAUCUUAUACCGGUACACUUUACAACAGCGAAGAAGAUCGAGGAUAUCGAGUGCUCUUUACAAGUGGAUUUUGCUAAUCGAUAUAUAGGCGGUGGCGUUUUGAAUACAGGUUGUGUACAAGAAGAAAUUCGAUUUGCAAUCUGUCCAGAAAUGAUUGUUAGCAUACUUGUUUGUGAAGCUAUGGAUGACGACGAAUGCAUCUUCCUCAUUGGCUGUGAACGGUAUUCGUCGUAUAGAGGCUAUUCAAAAACAUUUCAAUACGAUACUGAUUAUCAAGAUCGUAGUUUUAAAGACAAUUGGGGUCGAAAAUGGUCUCAUGUAGUGGCUAUCGAUGCGAUAUACUUUGAUGACCCAUUGAAACAGUUUGAUAUGAAGAUCAUCAAACGAGAGAUACUCAAAGCUUACACAGGAUUUUACUCUCGAAAACCAACAAAUCAAGUAGCAUUUCCAGUUGUCACAGGCAAUUGGGGUUGUGGAGCUUUCAAUGGUGAUCGAGAAGUGAAAGCGAUUAUUCAAUUAAUGGCAGCAUCACAAACUGUACGUCCUAUGAUCUACACCGCGUUUGGAGAUAAAAAGUUAAUUGAAUCGUUUGCUGCUAUUUACGAUUAUUUGAUAGGAGAGCGAGCAACGGUGCGAGAUUUAUAUCGUUAUCUGAAAAAGUUUUGCGAGGCAUCCGAAAAGACAACUUUGUUCGAAUUUAUUCGUAAGACACCUGUUAACGUUCUCCGACAGUGA